AUGGUACAGUCCGAGUGGGCGGGGCGGGAGGGGCGGCGGGGGCUGCGCAUGCGCGGUGAGGGCGGCUCGGCCGAGUCGUACACCAGCCGCCCGUCGGACUCGGACGUGUCGCUGGAGGAGGACCGCGAGGCGCUGCGCAGGGAGGCCGAGCGCCAGGCCAUGGCCCAGCUGGAGAAAGCCAAGACCAAGGCGGUGGCGUUCGCCGUGCGCACCAACGUGGGUUACCGCGCCGCGGCCGCCGACGAGGCGCCCGUGCCCGGCCUGGCCGUCAGCUUCGAGCCCCGCGACUUCCUGCACAUCAAGGAGAAGUACAACAACGACUGGUGGAUCGGGCGGCUGGUGAAGGAGGGCUGCGAGGUGGGCUUCAUCCCCAGCCCCGUCAAGCUGGAGCAGAUGCGGCUGCUGCAGGAGCAGAGGAUGAGGCAGAACCGCCUGAGCUCCAGCAAAUCGGGCGAUGCCUCCACCUGCAGCCUGGGCGAGGCGGCGCCGCGCCGGCCCACGCCCCCCGCCAGCGGCUUUUCCUUUGGCCCCGAUGAGUUAGAGGAGGAGGAGGAGGAGGAGGAGGAGGAGGAGGAGGAGGAGGAGGAGGAGGCUCUGGAGAGGCAGCAGCGCUCCCCCAAAAGUAGCGUCAGCAGCGUCACCACCCCCCCCGCGCACGGCCGGCGCAUCCCUUUCUUUAGGAAGGUGACGGACAUGAUGCAGAAGGCGCUGUUCGACUUCCUGAAGCACCGCUUCGACGGGCGGAUCUCCAUCACGCGUGUCACGGCCGACAUCUCGCUGGCCAAGCGCUCCGUGCUCAACAACCCCAGCAAGCACCCGCUCAUGGAGCGUGCCAGCGCCCGCUGCAGCCUGGGUACGUUGGUGGCCCUGGACGCCGACACCAUCAACCACCCGGCCCAGCUGGCCAAGACCUCGCUGGCGCCCAUCAUCGUCUACAUCAAGAUCACCUCCCCCAAGGUGCUGCAGCGGCUGGUGAAGUCCCGGGGGAAGUCGCAGGCCAAGCACCUCAACGUGCAGAUGGUGGCCUCGGACAAGCUGGCACAGUGCCCGCCUGUGAUGUUCGACAUCGUGCUGGACGAGAACCAGCUGGAGGAGGCCUGCGAGCACCUGGCCGAGUACCUGGAGGCGUACUGGAAGGCCACGCACCCGGCCAGCAGCACGCCGCCCAACCCGCUGCUGAGCCGCACCAUGGCCACGGCGGCACUGGCCGCCAGCCCCGCGCCCGUCUCCAACCUCCAGGCUCCGCACCCGGCGGACUCGGGGGGCCGCGGGCAGGGCAGGGUCCCCCCGCCGCCCUCCCGCCCGGCUCCCCGCAGCCUGCCCCGCCAGGACACCUUCGAGGCUGCGGGCAGCCGGGAUGCGGCGCCCACGGAGCCCGGCGAUUCCUGCUGCGUGGACGUCGAGAUGGAGCCCGUGGAGGAGGAGCCGCCCGGCGCCGCCCCGCAGCCGCCGCCCGCUGCCCGGGACGGGCCCGGGGUCGCUCGGGGGCUGCGGGGCCGAGCCAAGGGCGAGGAGCCGCUGGCUCGCAGCGAUGGCGAGGGCUGGGGUCGCGACGUUUACACCCGUUAAAACCAGGGGGUGCGGGCAGGGGGCUCCCCCCUUCCCCAGCGUUGGUUUUGGGGGGCGGGACAGCCCCGCUGGUUGCCUUUGUGCCCCCCCUGAGCCCGGCCAGCCGUGCCCUGGGGGCUCC